AUGCCCGACCCCAACCUCCAAGUCUCCCUCCUCGCGCCCGAAGAAGCAGCCCAAUACAUGCGCAUCCGCCACGAAACCUUCCGCCCCACCGUCAACAAAAUCCUCUACUCACGCGGCGAAGCCUCGCAGAAGACACUCGACCGCGUUACAGAAGAGACCCGCGACGGCAUCGUCAACAAAGGCACUCUCUUCCUCAAAUGCGUCGACACGUCCACGGGCGAAAUGAUCGCCGGCGCUCGCUGGCGCUACGUCAAGCCCAAGGUCCCCGGGGCCACAGAGCGCACGUGGGAAGAAGUCGAUGCGGAUUUCGCCGAACGUUUCAAGCCGUACGAUGAAUCGGAUCCGGAGAUGUUGAAGGCGCUAUUCGAUCUGUUCAAUGAGAAGAAGAGGGAGUAUCUGGGGAAGCGACCGUAUUACGUUCUUGAUACGCUGGUUACGAUGGGUCAGCAUGAAAGGAGGGGCGCGGGGAGUAUGCUUGUGCGGUGGGGGUGCGAGAAGGCGGAUGAGGCGGGUGUGCAGGCGUAUUUGGAGGCGAGUCCGAUGGGAGCGCCGAUGUAUGCGAGACAUGGGUUUGUGGCACUGCCGGAGAUUGAAUUGGAUUUGAGGAUGUGGGGCGGUGAGGACGUUCUUAAGUUCAUUGUAAGUAUCAUUUUGUGA